GUCAGCAGCCGCCGCAUCCCCCGUCUCGCUGGAUCCGAGCCACGGCGCCCCCCGGCCCCCGGACCUGCCGCCGCCCCCACCCGGGGCCGGGGCCCCCACCCGGCCGGCGCCGCGGGACCCGGGACUUUCCCGGCAGGCGCAUGCGGCGGAGCUCGGCCAGCUGGGGGGGCGCUCGGCGCGGAGCUGAGAACCUGCUGGGACCAGUGGCUGGUUGUACUGGGACCAGUAACCGGCCAGGGACCAGCCACGGGAGACCAGUAACCGGCCAGGGACCAGCCACGGGAGACCAGUAACCGGACACUGGGACCAGUAACCGGCCAGGGACCAGCCACGGGGGACCAGUAACCGGACACUGGGACCAGUAACCGGCCAGGGACCAGCCAUGGGGGACCAGUAACACGACACUGGGACCAGUAACCGGCCAGGGACCAGCCACGGGGGACCAGUAACCGGCCAGGGACCAGCCACGGGGGACCAGUAACCGGACACUGGGACCAGUAACCGGCCAGGGACCAGCCAUGGGGGACCAGUAACACGACACUGGGACCAGUAACCGGCCAGAGACCAGCCACGGGGGACCAGUAACCGGACACUGGGACCAGUAACCGGCCAGGGACCAGCCACGGGGGACCAGUAACCGGACACUGGGACCAGUAACCGGCCAGGGACCAGCCAUGGGGGACCAGUAACACGACACUGGGACCAGUAACCGGCCAGAGACCAGCCACGGGGGACCAGUAACCGGACACUGGGACCAGUAAUUGGCCCGGGACCAGCCACUGGGACCAGUAACCGGCCUGGGACCAGCCACUGGGACCAGUAACCGGACACUGGGACCAGUAACCGGCCGGCGCGGACCUGGGGGGUCGGGGGUCCCAUGGAGCCGCUUGCUCCAUCUCCAGGCCCCGCGGCCGCGCUGACAGUCAUGGACCCCUCGGUGACGCUCUGGCAGUUCCUGCUGCAGCUGCUGGAGCAGCAGAGCAACGGGCACCUGAUCGCGUGGACGUCGGACGACGGCGAGUUCAAGCUGGUGGACGCCGAGGAGGUCGCCCGGCUCUGGGGGCUGCGUAAGAACAAAACCAACAUGAACUACGACAAGCUCAGCCGCGCCCUGCGCUACUACUACGACAAGAACAUCAUCCGGAAGGUCAACGGGCAGAAGUUUGUCUAUAAAUUUGUCUCGUACCCGGAGCCAGCCGGCGUGGAGGGGGCCCGGGAGGAAGGGACGCUCCGGCGGGUGGAGCCGGCGCUGGCCGAGUCUCAGCCGGGGGAGGGGAGCUCCGGGCCCCCCAAGUCCUUGCGUGGGGGGAGCAUCCCCCGGAGUAGCCGUAACGAGUACAUGCGCUCGGGUCUGUACUCCACCUUCACCAUCCAGUCACUGCAGGCGGCCCCCCCCGGGCGAGCACCCCGCCAGGACCCCCCCGCCCUCUGCAGCGAGCCCCUGGACCCCCCCGACCUGGCCCCCGGGAAGAUGGAGGAGAUUCCCCAGCUGGAGAUCAGCAUCGAAGCAGCAGACGAGAGCGAACCCCUGCAGGUCUUUGUGGGGCCGGAGCCCCUGGAUGCAGAGCGCCCCCCGCCAGAGGCGCCGCCGCCGCGGGACCCGGGGCUGCGGCCGGUGGUGGUGAAAGUGGAGGCACAGGGGGACGCGGAGGGGUCCCCGCUCCUGGUUCUGAUCGACUCGGGGGUGAAGCAGGAAGCCCCACCUGCCGAAGAGACCCCCAGGGGGACGGAGGCGGAGCUCCCGGCGGGGGAGGGGCCGCAGGAGGAGAAGGGGGAGGAGGUGCCUGGGGGGGCCCCCAGCGAGGGGCACGGCCCAAAGGGGCGGAAGCCGAAGGACCUGGCGCUGCCCUCCCUGCCCGGGCAGGAGAAGAUCAGCGCGGCCGGCGGCUCCCUGUUGGCGCCCGGCGGGGGAGCAGGCAGCGGGCUGACGCCCACCACCGUGAUCUCCACGCACGCGCUAACCCCCGUCCUGCUGACCCCCAGCUCCCUGCCACCCACCAUCCACUUCUGGAGCACCCUGAGCCCCAUCGCCCCACACAGCCCUGCCAAGCUCUCCUUCCAGUUUCCCUCUAACUCUGGCGGGCAAAUCCACAUCCCCUCGCUGAGUGUGGACGGACUCUCCACUCCGGUCGUGCUGUCCCCGGGGCCCCAGAAGCCGUGAGUCCGUCCGUCCGUCCGUCUCUCUCCGCUGCUGGCGGAGCCGGCUGGGGGAGCGCCCGUUCCGCACCUGGAUUCUUGGCCCAGCCCUGUGGGACUGUUCACCAGGGCGGCUGGAUACGGCUGUGUCCUGCUUCCGACCAAGAGCCCUGCUUGGUGUCAGCGGUGGGAUGCGCCUGCUGGCUCGUUUUAAAUGGGAGCCGGAGCACGCCGCCAUUUCGCCCCUAGGGGGCGCAAUGUGGGACAUUCCCCUUGGUGCUCACUCGGCCUUGCAGCUCUGACCCCGUUUUUCUGGGGUCGUUGUGUUUAAUCCCAGUCCGGGGGGCUCAGGGUGUAUUUCCGACGUGGAAGGAUACGUCCCUCGGGGACUGAGGGGUGGUUCGGCCGCUAGUUGUGGGGCUGAUUUUAUUUAUUACCCAGGGCCUCCAGGCGCGGGGUGCCCCGGAAAUCGCCCGCCCACAGCCGUGGCCUCCUCGUAGCCCCUCGUUGUGCGGGCUCGGCGUCGGCCAUCUUUGUUUCGAGAGGGCAGCCGGGUCGGCCAUGUUUGUUUUGGCUGGGGCAGGGGGUGUCGGCCAUCUUUGUUUGCUGACAUCACACCCGCCGCUCAUCCCCGUGGGUCCGGUGGAGGAAGAAGCCCUGCUCUUCGCUUCUUGUUUCUUGAUUUACUUUCCUGGAGGUCAAAGGUCACCUCCUCGAGUUGCCAUAGAAGCGGCAGGCAGAGGAAGUCCCGCCCUAAUUCCCUCCUGUCGGUCGAAGGUUGCCUGUUCGUCACCAUGGAAACGGCCAGGAGGGAAGUCCCGCCCGCUGAUUUCAGGGGUUGGUUCCCUCCUUGCAAAGCCCGUUUCCUUGAUUUAUUUCCUGACGAUCAAAGGUCACCGUGGAAAUGGCCGCAGAGGAGUCCCGCCCCUCACCCCUUUCAUAGGGAGGGUUCCUUCAUUUGUCUCCCAUUUGUUGCCCGGGAAGGGAAGUCCCGCCUUUUGAGGACAGUCGCCAGGGGCUCCCUUGACUUCGUGCUGGCCCACGAGCUCCGCAAAGGAAGUUCUGCCCUGUUUCCACUCUGCUACUUCCUGUUCAAAGUGCCCCGAUUCUGGGGAAGUGCCGAAGGAGGACGUCCCGCCUUAUUAACCUCUCCUGCGAAUCAAAGGCCACCUCAUUCUGUGGACGUGGCAAAGGAGGAUGUCCCGCCUUAUUAAUGUCUCAUCUACUUCCUGUGAGUCAAAGGCCACCUAUUCUGUGGACGGGGCAAAGAAGGAAGUCCCGCCCUUCUCACUGCUGUUGACUUCCUGUUAGUCCCACGGGGCCUGCACUGCAUCAUACGGGAGAGGGCUGCCUUGUCGUCUUGUUUUGAUACCAAAAUUUUCCGGGGCUGUGAGCUUCUUGCUCAAGAUAUAGAGCUAUAUUUUUGUGGGGCCAUCCCAAGGGGCUGAAAUACCCGAAUGUCAUUUCUUUAGCGCUCCACGGGAUUCCCAGCCCCUUUCUAUUUUUCAGAGAGUAUAUUGAUAUUAUUGAGCUAUGUGCAUUGAUCAUAUACAAAUCUACAGGGCUCGGCGCUAAUUACCUGCCGGGCCGUCUUUUUUAAUAUAUAAAAUGGUUCUAUUUUUGAACGGGGAAGAGGGGGGGCUUUUACAAUGGAAGUGGGGGAAAUGGACGGGGUGGAAGUGACCUCCCUGGAUUUAGGGGUGAGAUUCAGAGAGCGAUUGGAGGCAGUAGCACGGUGACGAGCGCUGAAUUUCUGUCCCCGCGCUGUAGAUCGGGGGACGCCGUCAAUGCUGGCGUUAAUGGAGCAAGACUCCUGUGUCAGGGAAGUUGUCGUCAGUUGAAUGGGGGUGGGAGGGGGGUGUAAUUGGACGGCAAUUGUUGGCCAAUUAGCGAGAUAACGGGGCCACGUCCAACAGACCCUUUUGUGCAUGAAAGGCAGUGUCGUCCGCCUCUCUGGGGUGACCCUCCUCCUUCCCCUCGGGGUGGUUUUGAACCGUCGCAAUCAUGCUGGUUUUCACUGGCGAGGCCCCUCGGCUCUGGCCAUCUCCGCCUGGUGCAUCAGGCACUUUGGACGACCUGUGAGACACUGGCGAGGCACCCAGGAGCGGCUUCCCGGAGGCCGAGCUCCACCAAACCCAUCCACGCGCCAUGGCUGAGCCUGGAGCCAAGCACGGGGAGGCCAGGAGGCUGCCGGGGAAUGGGCUCUGGCGCUGCCGCAGCUGAGACGUGCCAACGAUGAGUCGAACACGCGUAGAUGAGCCAUGAAUAAAACACACGCAACAUGUGAGUAAACCACACGUAGCCCACGUGUAAACCAUGGAUCAGUCACGUGUGAAAAUAGGAGAAAGUCAUGAGUGAGCCACGUGUAACCCACGAGUGAACCACAAGUCACUCAUGAGCAGACGACGUGCUGCCGAGUGUUGGACCCCCUGUGCUCUCUCUGCUGGCUCGCUGGGUUUUCAGCUGUUCUCUGCUGUGGGGGAGAGGCCCUGGCCCUGUUUUUACCCCCCGCGCCUCCCUCACGGGGGUCGCCAGCUGCCACACUCUAGUGCAGCCACCGUCCCGAAGCCGCAACGUGGGGCGGUUGAGCCGUUUAGCUUCCUGUGGGGCAAGGACGGAGCUGUUGGGGGGGGUGUGUGGCUGGGGGGAGCCAGCGGGGACCCAGGCCUGGCUGGCGACUGACGUGGCUUGGAGAUUUCCAGCCUAGGGAAUUUAUCUAACCAUGUAUUGGCCAUUGGGCCAGAAUGGGGAGUGGAUCCCGGGAUCCUACCGUGGUGUGCGGGAGUGGAUCCCGGGAUCCUACCGUGGUGUGCGGGAGUGGAUCCCGGGAUCCCACCGUGCACUGUGGGAGUGGAUCCCGGGAUCCCACCGUGCACUGCGGGAGUGGAUCCCGGGAUCCCACCGUGCACUGCGGGAGUGGAUCCCGGGAUCCUACCGUGGUGUGCGGGAGUGGAUCCCGGGAUCCUACUGUGCAGUGCGGGAGUGGAUCCCGGGAUCCUACUGUGCAGUGCGGGAGUGGAUCCCGGGAUCCUACUGUGGUGUGCGGGAGUGGAUCCCGGGAUCCCACCGUGCACUGCGGGAGUGGAUCCCGGGUUCCUACCGUGGUGUGCGGGAGUGGAUCCCGGGAUCCCACCGUGCACUGCGGGAGUGGAUCCCGGGUUCCUACCGU